UGAAUUUUCUCCUAAUCUCCUUUCUGCGUUCCUUCUCCUCUCUCUGUCUCUCUCUCUCUCUCUGUCUCUCUCUCUCUCAUCAUCGACCAUCAUCAACCUCCAUCACCAUCUCAGAUUGCCUCCACAAACAUCAUGAAUUCGUCCAAAUUCUUGCAUUCUUUUGGUAAUUCUUGGUGAACCCCCAGCUGGAUCCAUCAACCCUAAUUUUAUCGAUCGGAACAUUUCGGUUUUUGGCAAAUCCAAGUGUUGCAGCAAGUAUUAUUUCGAAAUCUGGAGAUACAAGGAAAAUUAGCAUUAGUUUCAAUCGAUCAAUUAAUCUGAGGAAGUUGAUGAUUAGGCACAUAAGAGCAGUGCAUUGGCGUCGUCAUCCAUGAAGACUAUACUGAUGGUUGGGACAAUAAGUCGGUUUCUUGGGUGGAGAGCCAAGGUUUGUUUCAGAUGGAAUGGCAGAUCCUGCUAGUUAUGGCAUUCCUGACCGUGACAUUGAUCAGGCACUCAUUGCUUUGAAGAAAGGCACACAGUUGAUCAAAUACAGCAGAAAAGGAAAGCCUAAAUUCAAAACUUUCAGACUUUCUCAUGAUGAAACAUCUUUAGUUUGGAACUCGCAUGGAGCAGAAAGGCAGUUGAUGUUAUCUUCUGUUUCACGGAUUACUCCUGGACAGAGAACACCUGUUUUCAAAAGAUACUUGCGCCCGGAGAAGGAGUACCUGUCAUUUUCCUUGAUAUACAAUGAUGGGGAGAGAUCUCUUGAUCUGAUCUGCAAGGACAAAGCCGAAACUGAGGUCUGGCUUGCUGCCCUGAAGUCUUUAAUCUCAACAGGCGGUGCUACUCGCAACAGGCGUGCCAAAAGUGAAAUACCUUAUGAAGUACAAAGUUCUGGAGAUUUCUUUCAAGAUAUUCGCCCAUCGGGAGGAACACUAGAAUUCUCAUCGACUGGUACCUACGGCAGACUCACUAGAGAGGCAAGUCUACGUGAUAUUAGCUGCCAUAGUUUAAGCUCACAUGUGGGGUUUGAAAGUGCAAAUAUGCAACCAAGAACGAGUGGUGCAGAUGGAUUUCGGAUUAGCGUCUCAAGCACUCCUAGUUGUUCGAGUCAAGGUUCUGGACCAGACGAUCUAGAAUCACUCGGCGAUGUUUAUCUAUGGGGUGAAAUUUGGUGUGAUGGACUGUCAACAGAUGGAAAUGGAUUUCCAAUUCCUGUAAAAGCCGAUAUACUAACCCCUAAACCGUUAGAAACUAAUAUAGUGCUCGACGUGCAUCAGAUUUCCUGUGGUCUUCGGCAUGUUGGUCUAGUUACAAGGCAAGGUGAAGUUUUUACAUGGGGAGAGGAAUCUGGGGGCAGAUUGGGUCAUGGGAGUGAAAGGGACUAUAGUCGUCCUAGACUAGUCGAAUUUCUUGCUGUUACAAAUAUCGAUUCCAUUGCUUGUGGCGAGUUUCACACAUGCGCGCUGUCAUCAUCCGGCGACUUAUACACCUGGGGAGAUGGUGUUCAUAUGGCUGGACUUCUUGGACAAGGCAAUGACAAUAGCCAUUGGAUUCCAAAGAGAAUUUCUGGACCUUUAGAAGGUAUUGCUGUUUUGUCGGUUGCCUGUGGCUCGUGGCAUUCGGCGCUGGUGACUUCGACAGGGAAAUUGUACACGUUCGGGGAUGGAGUGUUUGGAGCUCUCGGCCAUGGUGAUCGCGAGAGCAUUCUGUAUCCGAAGGAGGUGCAGUCAUUGAGUGGACUCAAAGUUAUCUCUGUUUCCUGUGGUGUGUGGCAUACUGCUGCUAUUGUCGAGGUUUCAAAUCAGUCUGGUACGUAUGUUCCUUCUCGAAAGCUAUUCACUUGGGGCGAUGGCGAUAAGUACAGGUUAGGACAAGGCGACAAGGCGCCGUAUCUUUAUCCGACCUGUGUGUCGAACAUGAUCGACUACAACAUCCAUCAGAUAGCCUGUGGAUAUAACAUGACUGCUGUCCUUACAACCUCUGGCCAUGUCUUCAUGAUGGGAAACAAUGCGUAUGGCCAGCUGGGAAGUCCGCAAGCGGAGGGCAAGUCGCCUACUCUAGUACAAGAGCGAUUAGUCGGGGAGUUUGUCGAGCAAAUUGUCUGCGGCGCGCAUCAUGUCGCAGUCCUCACGUCGAGGAGCGAAGUGUACACUUGGGGACGAGGGGCGAAUGGAAGAUUAGGACACGGGGACACCGAAGACCGCAGUGUCCCAACGUUAGUCGAAGCUCUGAAGGACAAGGUUGUGAGGAACAUCGCCUGCGGCUCGAACUACACCGCCAGUAUAUGCAUCCAUAAAUGGGUUUCCGGUGCAGAUCAAUCCAUCUGCACGGCUUGUCGGCAGGCUUUCGGUUUCACCCGAAAACGACAUAACUGUUACAACUGCGGCCUGGUGCAUUGCCAUGCCUGCAGCUCCAAGAAGGCGCUGCGCGCCGCCCUUGCGCCGACUCCUGGGAAGCCGCACCGAGUGUGCGACUCCUGCUAUCUAAAGCUUAAGAAGGCUGCAGAAAUCGGACAUGCCACGACUAUUAGGCGAAGAGCGUCUGGCCAUCGCCGAUCGAUGGACAUGACUACUUCGAGGUUCGACAGGGGGGGUGAGGUUAGGCAUUCGCGGGUGCUGCUAUCGCCCACCAUCGAGCCCGUCAAGUACCUCGAGAUCAAGUCGGGCGGCGCAAGAUCCGAUAAUGUUUCCAUUGUCCGCGCCUCCCAAGUCCCGUCUCUGUUACAACUCAAGGAUAUUGCUUUCCCGAGUUCUCUCAGCGCACUUCAGUAUGCUCUAAAGCCUGUUAUGACGCCAGGUGGCGUGCCGCAGCCUCCCCCUCAGCCUCCGCCUCAGCUUCAACCGUUGUCGAACCCAAGGCCUGCGUCGCCUUACUCGAGACGACCGAGCCCUCCGCGCUCUGCUACCCCGGUGUUCUCUAGAGGCGUCAUCGAUACUUUGAAGAAGUCGAACGAUCAUUUGACACAAGAAAUUUCUAAACUCCAUGGCCAGGUCAGGAAUUUGAAACAGAAAAGUGAAGCUCAGGAUACAGAGAUUCAGAAGUUCAAGAAGAUGGCUGACGAAGCUAAUGCAAUGGCUGCCGAUAAAUCUUCCCGGUGCAUUCGAGCGAUGCAAGCGAUCAAAUCCAUCACCGAUCAAUUGAAGGGAAUUUCUAACAAGUUGCCGCCUGAGGUGUCGAAGAGCGAUGUACUGACAAACUUGUAUGCUCAAGUCGAGUCUUUGCUAGACGCGACGAGCAUUCAAGCGCCGGGAUCAUUCCCACAAGAACUUGCGAAUCAGCCACAGAAAUAUUUCGACAAAUCAGAGGCAGCCGACGCCAAUAAUCAUAGGCCCGAAUAUCGUAUCAAUUCAGCAGUACAAGACUCAUCAGAGAAUGCCAACGGCACUCCUGUUUCGAGUUCAACAACUGAAUCGAACUCAGAGUGGCGCCCGAGCAGCGCUCCUCAGGCUGUAAGGCUCGAGGGACGACAGGAAGUCAUCGAACAAUUCGAACCAGGCGUGUAUGUCACGCUCAUCCAACUUUCCAAUGGAACCAAAAUCUACAAACGAGUUAGGUUCAGCAAGAGAAGGUUUUCGGAGCAGCAGGCGGAAGAAUGGUGGAAAGAAAACAAAGAUAGACUACUGAGGAAGUAUGCUCCAACGGUACCUGCUAGAAUAUCGACGCCGCCACCAGAUGCCGCCGUUGCUCCGCCGCCGCCGUCGGCGAGUGAAGAGGGUGAUGAGCAGUAAAACACGGCAGAGAAUAAUGAGGCAAAAGCACAGGCUUCAUAGGAUACACACCAACACCAACACCAUUAUUUUGGAUGGAUAAAGUGAAUUAACCAUAGAUAGAUCAGAGAAGCCACACUUUUUUUUGGUUAUUUGUGUUGUUUAUUUAUUUCAUAUAUAGGU